GAGAGAGAGUGAAAUGCGUGAGUAGCAGUCCAGAACAGAGAGAGAGAGAUAGGGAGACCACCAACAACAACGAAGACAGGCACAGGGCUUACAAUUUCACCUGAGCCACAUUUACUUUCCAUGCAUUCAGAAUCUUUAUAUCUACUUCUAAAAUAUCUCAGCUAGGGUGCUCAAGCCCAAGGACUGAAGACUGUGGCUUCGGCAGGUGGUACCGGCUGACCCAGAACCAUCCAGGCUCAGUAGCAGCAGUAAGCCAGGGAGAUGUCCUUCGGUGUGGGGACCUCCACAGCCCUGCUGCCCCCAGUCAAAAGCGUGGUGGUCUACAGGAAUGGAGAUCCCUUCCACAGUGGCAGGAGGUUCGUAGUGAACCAGCGACAGGUAGCCACCAUGGAGGCCUUCCUGAACGAUGUGACCCAGAACAUCCAGGCACCGCUGGCCGUGAGGACGCUGUACACCCCCCGGCAGGGAACCAGGGUCCGGGACCUGAUCGACCUGCAGAGCGGAGCGCAGUAUGUGGCUGCCGGUUUCGAGCGCUUUAAGAAACUGAAUUAUUUGAACUCAGGACAGAAGAAGCUGCCUGCAGCACGAGGAGAGGGUCCUCAGGUUAAAGUCUUCCAGAGACCCAACGUCUCAGCCAAGUGGAGGAAGUACAUACCUGUACCGUGCAUCAUAUAUGUUUUCCGUAACGGAGACUUGCUGUGUCCUCCACUACGCUUCAUCAUCCCACGGGGCAUGCAGCGUGAGCUGGAGCAGAUCCUCAGCCUGGUGACAGAGAGAGCCAGUCUGCGAACCGGCGCUGUGCGCAGGUUGUGCACCCUGGAGGGCACAACCUUGACCUCCGCUGACCAGCUGGAGACUGGACACUACUAUGUUGCCGUGGGAACCGAGAGGUUCAAGAAACUUCCAUAUGUGGAGCUGCAGGUUCCUAAAGCAUCAGAGAGACAUUUCCCGGGACACAGAAGGCAGCGGAGAAAGCUUGAGAACAGGAAGGUGGUCAGCGGGCCUGAGGACAGAUACAGUGACUCCGCCAUGCUGGAUUCCCCCGAGUCUGACGGGCGGAGAGUGAAAUCCACGGGGGAUGAGAUGGGAGACAGGUCAGCCCAGCAGGCCGUCCCCAGGGGGUCGGGGAAGGAGGAGUCCUCCAUCUUCUUCGCCAGACCAGCCAAGGUCCGCAAGAACAGGGGUCAGCCCAGACCACCUCCCAGGGACGGAGCAGUCCAGACCAGCGUGUUUAAAGGAGGCGUGCGGAGGACGAGAGAGGAGCUACUAGGAGCUGAGGAGGUGCAGGAGGAUGAGAACACAACUGUGGAGAUCCCUGUGGACCAGCAAGUAGCAGAGACAGUUGAGGAAGAGGAACACAGAGAGAGAGACUCUCCUCGUAAAGGCAGAAAACAACAGUCUACCAAGGAAACGGCACUAACAGAGCCCAUGAACGGAGGAGCUCAGCACCAAGCAGCGGACGGCAAUGAGCCAAGCGAUGAGAAGACGAGAAGGCAGCUUGAACCUCAGGUGAACUCAUCUGACAGACCAAGCCCCCAACUCGACAGAGCCAGCUCCUCAUCUGACAAAGUCCACCACUCGCCUCAGACAGACAGCCCCAUAUCUGGAAAAGCUAGCCCCAUAUCUGGAAGAGCUAGCCCCACACCUAGGAGAAAUAGCCCCCCACUUGAGAGAAAUAGCCCCACAUCUGACCAAGCUAGCCCCACAUCUGAGAGAAAUAGCUCCACAUCUGACCAAGCUAGCCCCACACCUGAGAGAAAUAGCCCCACAUCUGACCAAGGUAGCCCCACAUCUGAGAGAAAUAGCCCCACACAUGGAAAAGCUAGCCCCAUAUCUGAGAGAAAGAGCCCCACAUCUGACCAAGCUAGCCCCACAUCUGAGAGACAUAGCCCCACACUUGACAGAGGUACCCCCAUCCCUGACAGACCCAGCCCUCCGCCAGUCCACAGAGAGCAUGCUGGCGUAGACAGGACUGAUGCUUCGCAGAGAAAAGCAGAGGCAGUAAAAAAUGAGAGGCUCAGUGACAAAACUCUUCAGCACACAGAGGAUAAAGAUGAUCCGGCAAAACCUUCGGAGCAAGACAAUAACCGUCAACAGUCAUCUGCAAACACAUCGUUUCAUCAAGAAGAGGCUUCCACAGAGACUUUCACCAAGGCUCCCGGGGCAGAACAGGAGCAUGGAGAGAUGGCCUCUUCAAACUCAAGAGCUUCAUCACAGGUUUCUGGAGCUGACACGACGGUCCGUGGAGACCAGGGGGGGAGCUUGGAGAGAACAUAGUAUCUACCCCUCCCUCACUCAGCAGGGAUCAUGUCCCCAGCCUGUUUGUAUUCAGUGAAAAACUGCAUAGCUGCGUUCUAUUUUUGGGGGGGUUAAAUUCAGCGGGAGAGUCUUUGUGACCCCCAUCUAACACCAUAAUGGACCAGUCCUGUUGUGGUGGUGAUGGGGAGAAUUCACAUCGCAGGUUGUGUACUAAUGAGGACUGUAUAAGCAACAUUGUUUAUUCAUUGUUUUAUACAAAUAUAAUCCAUAAUGUGAAUAUAUUCAAGAUACAAACGACCUGCUGUGUAUUUUGCAGGAGAAACUGUGACUUUUGACACUAUGAAAUGUACAUCUAAUUGAAUGGCAUCCUUGUAUUCAUUACAAUGCAAGGCACUAUGUAAAUA